AACAUCCUCCGAAGCAGGGAUGUCCUACCGGGUGCUCGUGCUUUGAUGGAGCCAAGAGGAUGCACGCAGUGGACCAGGGAGCCGUGCUGGCCCUGAGAUACCUGUGGGAUGCAGGGUCAAAGACAUGAGGCCCGGCAGCGUGGGCGCGCGAGAACCCGCGAAGCCCACCAGAAACCAGAAAUUCUCAUCAGCUCACGGUGGUCCCGAAUUCUUGCCAAGCCCAGAGAUGGGGUCUCACUAUGCUGCCCAGGCUGGCCUUGAACUCCUGGACUCAAGCGAUCCUCCCGCCUCGGUCUCUUAAAGUGCUGGGAUUACAAGUGUGAGCCACUGCGCCCUGCCAAGAUUUGGUUUUUAACUUACGCGUUACCUCCUAUACUUAUUUUUUCAUGGUUUGAACAUGGAACAUCUACUUUCUUAGCAAUUUUGCAGUAUGCAAUGCAUUGUUACGAGCUGUAGCCACCAUGAUGUACAGUCGAUCUCUUGGACUUACUCUUCCUGCCUAUCAACAGAGAUUUGUUGAAGGGAUGAAUCUGCUUCUUCAGCCGUCGGUAAGGGGAUCAGCAGCGAGGACGCUGAGAGAGGAGCCGCCUCCGUUGGAAAUCGCUUCCCAUCCACCUCCAAGCCUCUUUCCAAGCGGGAUUCAGCACCAGGCGCCCCUGGACAGCUCUGGAAACCCAACCCUGCCGGAACCGUUCCUCGCCAAUCCGAGUUUCCCGCCGGGGCCGCUUGGUGGCUGCGCCCGCCGCUCAGCGGGAGGAAACCCCUUUCCUGUGCCGGUAGGAGAGGUGGAGUCGCAUAUGAGUGGCAGGUUUCGCAGCCAAUAGUAUGGAAAGUUCUGCCAGCGGGUCUCGGGGAGGCCAAUGGGCAGGGGCGUGGGCGGGGCGUGAACCAGCCGCGCCGAGCGGGGCCUCUCCGGGCCGCGUCUGUGGGGUCGAGACUGCGCGGCGGUUGGGCGUGCAGCGGCGCCAGUCGGCGGAGGAGGGGCCCCCGGGAGUUGCUGGACUGAGACAUGAGCCUCCAACUGCGUGGUUGGGCUCGGUAGCACGUCGUGGGACUUGGGUGUGCGCCCACAGAUGGUUUGGCCCUGCGGUGACCAGAGCAGCCCAAGCCGCCACCAUGGUGAAAUUGCUAGUGGCCAAAAUCCUGUGCAUGGUGGGCGUGUUCUUCUUCAUGCUGCUCGGCUCCCUGCUCCCCGUGAAGAUCAUCGAGACAGAUUUUGAGAAGGCCCAUCGCUCGAAAAAGAUCCUCUCUCUCUGCAACACCUUUGGAGGGGGGGUGUUUCUGGCCACGUGCUUCAACGCUCUGCUGCCCGCUGUGAGGGAAAAGCUCCAGAAGGUCCUGAGCCUCGGCCACAUCAGCACCGACUACCCGCUGGCCGAGACCAUCCUCCUGCUGGGCUUCUUCAUGACCGUCUUCCUGGAGCAGCUGAUCCUGACCUUCCGCAAGGAGAAGCCGUCCUUCAUCGACCUGGAGACCUUCAACGCCGGAUCGGACGUGGGCAGCGACUCGGAGUAUGAGAGCCCCUUCAUGGGGGGCGCGCGGGGCCACGCGCUGUACGUGGAGCCCCACGGCCACGGCCCCAGCCUGAGCGUGCAGGGCCUCUCGCGCGCCAGCCCCGUGCGCCUGCUCAGCCUGGCCUUCGCGCUGUCGGCCCACUCGGUCUUUGAGGGCCUGGCCCUGGGCCUGCAGGAGGAGGGGGAGAAAGUGGUGAGCCUGUUCGUGGGGGUGGCCGUCCACGAGACGCUGGUGGCCGUGGCCCUGGGCAUCAGCAUGGCCCGGAGUGCCAUGCCCCUGCGGGACGCGGCCAAGCUGGCGGUCACCGUGAGCGCCAUGAUCCCCCUGGGCAUCGGCCUGGGCCUGGGCAUUGAGAGCGCCCAGGGCGUGCCGGGCAGUGUGGCCUCCGUGCUGCUGCAGGGCCUGGCGGGCGGCACCUUCCUCUUCAUCACCUUCCUGGAGAUCCUGGCCAAGGAGCUGGAGGAGAAGAGUGACCGUCUGCUCAAGGUCCUCUUCCUGGUGCUGGGCUACACCGUCCUAGCCGGGAUGGUCUUCCUCAAGUGGCACACUGUCACCCAGUGCUAGGAGCCACUGCUUGAGGAAGCCCGGGUUUGUCACUGCCUGCAGCCACAGACUACUCCUGCCUCAAAACGACGUCACGACACUGCAGAGCAGGCCAGCUCCAGCUGCACAUGGCCGCCUCCAUCUCUACACAGCUUUGAGUCACAGAAAUGUCACGUGACCUGCAGAAGCCAAGGGUCCUCCUCCUUGGGGGUCUCUUUUACUGACUCUGUGACUGCCAGCCGGGGAUCUUCUGCCCCCAGGGGACACCGGGCCAUGUCUGGGGACAUCUGUGGUUGUCUUGACUAGGGGUGCUCCUGGCAUGGAGUGGGUGGGGGCCAGGGAUGCUGCUCAGCACCCUGCAGUGCCCAGGACGGCCCCACCCUUGAGAACAGUUCAGUCCCAAUGUCCACAGGGCCCAGGGGGAGAGACCCAGCCCAACUCACAGAAGCCUCAGGACAGGUGAUGGUGGGCUGUGUCGACCACCUGUUCAUGAGAGAGACACAGGGAGGAGAGGGGGCACCUGCCAACCGUUUCAUGCGCUGGCAGAGACCGGGAAUAGCUUGGACAGAUCGUUCCUGGAUAACACAAGACAGCUUCCUGUUUAAAAAACAAAACUCCGGCCGGGAGCAGGAGCUCAUGCCUAUAAUCCCAGCACUUUGGGAGGCUGAGGCGGGCAGAUCACUUGAGCCCACAAGUUGGAGACCAGCCUGACCAACAUGGCGAAACCCCGUCUCUACUAAAAAUACAAAAAUCAGCUGGGUGUGGUGGCAGGUGCCUGUAAUCCCAGUAACUUGGGAGGCUGAGGCAGGAGAAUCGCUUGAACCUGGGAGGCAGAGGUUGCAGUGAGCCGAGAUCGCACUACUGCACUCCAGCCUGGGCGACAGAGCAAGACUUGGUCUCAAAAGCACACAUAAAAAACCAAAACUCCAAGCGCAGAGCACCCAGUGCCAUCUUCAUCCGAAUGCAGCACUCCUGGCUGGGUCACGGCCACCCCUAGGCCCAUGCCUGGUCAGGGGCUUGUCUUGUCUAUGACCAGGCAGGUCACAGGCGGGAGGGACCCAGGUCAGGCUCAGCUGCUGCCCCACCGGAAACAGACCCAGCAGCCUUGCCUAGACCCCAGGCGGGUCCAGGUUUUUCUACUGGGACAGAGAGGGUGGGCCAGGAUGGGGGCGUCUCUCAGCUCUGCAAGCUGGAGAAUUAACUCCGGGACUUGAGCUCGGGGUCCCCGCUGGGCGCAGGCGUGGGCUUCAGUGGGAAGGAAGCCCCUCGUUGGGUUCUCAGCACGGACAGCUGGAUGGCAUCACUGGAUUCCCUCACCUGGAUCCGGAGACAAAAGGGGAGAAAACGAUGAGGCAGCGCCCAGGCCUGCGGGGUUGAGUCAGCCGUAAUAACAGCCCGUUGGCCCUA